GCGCGAACGAAUUUUGAGUAAAUGAGCUCUCAUCGUCAAAGUUCGUGGAAUUUUCUCGCCUAUAAAAGUCGUACCUCCUCUGAAAAGUCCUGCUCUCCCUCCCCUGUCUUUCUUGCUUGCUUAUUCACCGGUUUUGUUCAACAACUUUGGGGUUCUUCCUUUUCGGAAAUUCACAUCUUCUCCAAUCUCUUCGAGCAAAGAAAGGAGGAAAGAUGACAACCUCAAAGCGUGUUGCUGACAGGAAGGUGGCGAAGUUUCAGAAGAACAUUACUAGAAGAGGUUCAGUUCCUGAAUCAGUUACCAAGAAAGGGUCUGACUACCCUGUUGGACCGAUUGUGCUUGGCUUCUUUGUGUUCGUUGUGAUUGGAUCAUCCUUGUUUCAGAUAAUAAGGACAGCAACAAGUGGGGGUAUGGCUUGACUGGGAGCUUUUUCGUAUUAACUAGUGAACUUUACCAAGGAUGUAAUUCUAGGCUUCUAUGUAUGGGACAAGAAAUGAUUGUGCUAUUUCACUAAGCUUUGCUUGACAAUUUCUUAGUCUCUAACCUUGCAUCUUCUGUUGUAAGCAUGCAACUAGAGUCCUCGUGCCAAGUGAUGAAAAACUUGUUCUGGAGUACAUCUCUUCUAGUAAAACGUCUGGCUGCUUAAAAGUAUUCAAAGAGAAAUCAUUGUGGUCA